AGGGACCCCCACCAGGCUCUCAAGGACCUGGCCAAGGUUUGCCUCCUGACCGACUGCACCCUCCUGCUGGCCUGGAGCCCUGAGGAGGCCGCCAGGUACCUGGAGACCUUCAAAUCGUACGAGCAGAAGCCGCCGGACCUGCUCAAGGAGCGCGUGGAGCACGAUUUCCUGUCCCGGGUGACAGACUGCCUGACCAGUGUCAAAUCUGUCAACAAAACCGACACCCUGAGCCUGCUCAGCACCUUCGGGUCGCUGGCAGCCGUGGUGGCCGCGUCCCGUGAGGAUCUGUCCCUUUGUCCCGGCGUGGGACCCCAAAAGGCCAAGCGACUCUUUGAUGUCCUGCACGAGCCUUUCCUCAAGACGCCCCGAUGAGCAAAAACCUCAAAAAAAAAAAACCCAAA